GAGAAAGGAAAACAAAAGAAAACACGAAACAAUCUCCUCGGAAUCCAAAAAGGACCAGAAAUGGCGUGCAGGACUGCGCUACGAUCCGCUCUGCUAAUAGAAGCGUGGCGACCCGUUCAUUUCGCUCGGAGCUCCGCCUCCGCCUCGUUCAGGACCCGCGGGUUCUCCUCCCCCAGGCUGAGCCGCCACUUCAGGACCCGGGACAUCCACUUCGCGCGACGGACUCACCUCAACCGCGCCCACAACGAGAACUCGUCGGAUUUGUCGGAGGACGACCAGGGCCCGCCGCAAGAGGCCAUCUUGAAAGCAAUUUCAGAGGUUUCAAAGACUGAAGGGAGAGUUGGGCAGACGACGAAUGUGGUUAUCGGAGGCACGGUGGCGGAUGAUUCUACGAAUGAAUGGGUCGACUUGGAUCAGAAGGUAAAUUCGUAUCCAACUGUUAGAGGGUUCACAGCAAUUGGAACUGGAGGGGAUGAUUUUGUGCAAGCUAUGGUUGUUGCCGUCGAAUCCGUAAUUCAACAACCGGUCCCUGAGGGUCAUGUGAGGCAGAAGGUAUCAUCAAGGGGAAAAUAUGUAUCUGUAAACAUUGGACCCGUUCAAGUAAUUUCAAGUGAACAGGUCCAAGCUGUAUACAAUGCCAUGAGAAGAGAUGAUCGGAUGAAAUACUUUUUGUAGUGGAAUACUCCAUUUUUAUCGUGCAUCUGUACAGAGUGCCAAUUUCUAGCGUCCUCCCCAGUGCCCUUCUCAAGUCUGGUUCAGAUUUGGGCUAAUUCAUGAUACUAGCGAUCUGAGCAGUCGUUCAAAAUCUAUCCAUCUACUCGCUCGGGAUGUAUUUAGGUAUAAUUCAGAAAGUAGGCAUUCAUCAAUCUGUAUUACUCGACUAUAUGUUACUGAUUAUAUGAAAGGCCAGAUUCUUAGCAGUUUCCUGCUAUUUUUUUUCUUUAA